GAUAGAAAACACUGAAAUAAAAGUUACUAUGACAACAUCUGCAUUGCUAAGCUCCUUUUCCUUAACUGGAUCUCCCACAACUACAUUGCAAACAGCACAAAAUUUCUCAGCUGGCGGACUGUUAACACCAUCAAGUGAUAUUUUGCUGACUUCAGCAGUAUCCACAACAACGGUAUCCAGCAGCAUGUUAUCAUCUCUAGAUAUUUCUGAAACUUUAUCACUCAUUUCAGCCUCUUCAAACACAGAAGUAUUAACAUCUUCAACAAUGGUUAUUUCUACCAAACAUGUGAGCUCUGGAACCCCUUCAAGUACUGUUGGUCCUACAGAGAAUACAACUUUAACACCAUCUUCUACAGCCGUAUUUUCCAGCUUACAAGUGAGCUCUGAAAUUCCUUCGAGUACUAUUGGUUCUACUGAGAAUUUGACAUCAACAAUGGUGUUUUCUACUACACAAAUAAGCUCAGAAACCCUUUCAAGUACUGUUAGUUCUAUACAAAAUUUAACUCCAACAGCUGUGUUUUCUACUUCACAAAUGAUCUCAGAAAAUCCUUCAAGUGCUCUUGGUUCCACAGAAAAUGUAAAUUCAACACUAUCGUCAUCUACACUGAAGAUGAGUACCAGUGUCUUCAGUGCCAUGGAGAUGUUAACAACAUACUUAUAUACAUCUCAGGUGAAUUCUGAUUUUCAGUCAAGUUUGACAGCAAAUGUUUCUUCAGUUCCAUCCAUAUCCCAUUCAUUGGUCAGUACAGUGGUAACAACACACAGUCCAACAUCAUUUGAAAGUUCAAUGCUGACAACACCACAAACAGCCAGCAGUUUUAUAGCCACAUCUACUGACGUUUCUUUAGUAACAACUCCUCUACUCAACACCUCUAGUGAAACAGUCCAAAUAACAGUGACACCUUCCAGUGAAUUUACCACUACAACAAACAAUGUAUCUUCAACAGUAGAACUGUCUUCUGCACCUUCGACUUUGAUACCAAACACUUCUGUUACUGCUGUUACAACAAGCAAUUUGGGAACCAGUGAGCUGCUACCUUCAAUGAUGUCAAACUUAUCAACACCUGUGCUUUCUGCCAUUUCAUCUGAGCCAAUUUUUGCAACCAUAUCACAAACAAUUGAGCCAAGCAGUUCUGUAAAUGUAUCCAUGGUUGAACAAACAACACAGCAGGCAACAAUGAGUAUGUCUUCAUUCCCAGCUUUAACUGUUUUCCAAACAGAAUCCAUGGUGACUGGAAUUUUGGAAAGUUCUUCAGUUUUGUCUAAUUUGUCAAAAACAGAAAUAGCCACUUCAUUUACAGUGAUGGUUUCUACAAGAAAUAUGUCAGAAACAACCAUUUCACCAACAUCAUUUAUCAUGAGUAGUGCAUUGACAGCUAGUUUGCUAGGAAUGUCUUCUUUGUAUGUGUCAACAGAUUUUGGAAAUGGAUCCACAGUUUUGAUGUCCAGUACAGCCUCAUCAAUGAUUGAACACUCUGUUUCUAUAUCUUCAUCAGAAAAUGUAAGCAGUGGGGUUGUUUCAACUUCAUUCAUAUUGAGCAGUGGACAAUCAACAAUGAUGCCUUUCUUAAAUGGAUCUUUACAGCCUUCUGUGGAAAUAAAGACUUCCAGCUCAAGCACUGAGUUUUCGAGUGAAUUCUUCCUGUCAACAUCCUCUAUACCAGAGAUCAAUGUGUCAUCAACUGCAGUAUGGAGCAACUAUACGGAACAAGUUACAGGUGGACUUUUCACAUCCACUAUAGCACCGGAUCUUUCAAGUUCUUAUUCAACAAUUGAUAUAUCAAAUUCAAGUACUGUGCACCCUAUAGUGUCAACUAUAUCAACAGAACUAAUUUACAAUAGCACUUAUAGUCCAACAAUUACUAAUAUAGAGACAGUUACUCCCAGUAUGCCAAGCUCCCUGGCAAGUAGUCCAGUAAUCACCAGCAUGAUCAAUUCAUCCAUUCUGAAUAGUGAUAGCAUGUCCACAAUACUGAUUAUAUCUGAAGUACUAACAAACUCUACAAUAGCUGUACCAACAUCAAGUAGUCAGAUGUCAUCAGGUGUUAUGAGUGAAUUAUUAUCUAGCACGGGAAUUUUGAGCACAUCUAGCACAAAUAUGGUGUCAGAGAGCACAGCGGGAGUGUCACCAAAUUUAUCUAGCUUGGUUAUGGAUCAGUCUUCACAACUGGUUCCAGAUUUAUCUUCACUCUACACAGCACAAAGUUCACCACAAAACACAAUGGUCAGCUCUCAAACUUCAAAUUUCUUUUCUUCAGUGUCAUCAACUUUUGCAGCAGUGACAACAGGUGUUCAAAGCAUGACCUUUGUUGUGUCUUCAACUAUUCCAAGCAAUACCGAAGUUGUUUCUUCAACUAUUCCAAGCAUCACCCAGGUUGCUUCUUCAUCUCUUCAAAGUACCACCCAGAUUGAGUCAACAUCUCUUCAAAGCACUUUGCCAACUGUUCCAGACACCUUUCUGACUUCAUUAUUUUCUUCACCUCCUUUGGUAACAGUAACUCCAGUUAGCUCAGUGGAAGUGACAUCAAGUACUAUUCAGGCAGCAUUGUCAACUGUAUCAACUCCGCAUACAUCUUCUGUAAUAACAACCUCUUCAGUUAAUGUGCUAAAUUCCAGCCAGGCAGCAGUUUCAAUUUCAUCAACACCAGAGGUAUCUCUCACAACAACGGUAUCUGCAACUCCAGACAUUAGUCCCACUCCAUCUUCACCCAGUGUAACAAGCCUUGUAACAUCAACAAUAUCAAGUACCCCUACACCAGGCCAAAGUGUUACACCAUCACCUGCAUCGACAAGUCAAAUACCAGACGCAUCAAGUGUCCAGACUAGUAUAUCAGGGGUGUCUACUCUAGUGAUGGAGGCAUCUCAGCUGGUAUCAAGUGUCAACAGUACAGUAUCAACAACAGAUAUGGUCUCCACUGUAUCAGCAACAAUUAACAUCACCACUACCCUUAUCCCAAGCUCUACAGAGAUGCAGAUGAAUAUGACUUCUUCAGAGCUUCCAUCGUCAACUGUAACAGUCUCUUCAUCAGUGGUCACAGGUAAUAUAACUGAGGGUUCAACCACAACAGAGGUUCCCUCUACCACAACAACAACAACAACAACAACACCAACAACACCAAGCCCAACAACAACAGUUAAUGUCAGGACCUUCUGGGUUGUUACAGUCUUGAAGAUCCCUAUGACAGAGGAUAUUACCAACAAAACUUUCAUUUUAUCCAUGGAGGUUAAAAUUGCAACUGCCUAUUUGAAAGCAUUUGAGAGACAAAAACAGAUUGCAGAGGGCACGUAUCAACCGCUUCGUCGAAAGCGUGCAGCACAAGUCCAAGACACUGUUGUAGAAAUAGCAAAUGCUACCAGGACACAGGGAACAGGAAAUGUGACCUUUGUUUACACGAUUACCAAAAAUGGAACCCAAGUUCGUUCAGAAGAAGCUGUUAGGACACUUGGAUUGCUUAGUGACCAGGAAAUGGCUCUUAAGUUAGGAUAUGUUGUUGCAGAAAAAGCCAGUACUUAUUAUGGAAGGAAUAGUGGGGGUGCUGCUCCAGAGGAGGCCAAUAAUCUGUGGGUGGUGGGUGUGGCUGUCAGUGCAGUUGUACUUGUCAUCAUAGUCAUUUGGGUGAUUUUCUGCUUCAUCAUCAAAAAGAGAGGUCCAGAGAGUUUAAAAGAAGGAGAGCCAGCCCAACUUCUAAAGAUGAAAGGUGGAACAAAGGAUGAUGAGUCAGUAGAGAUGGUUCAGUCACCUAGCACCUCAACACAGAAUGUGAAAAAGAGGCAAUCUUAUGAGGUCACCAAGGGUGAAGAUAUGGAGGACCCAACCUAUGCCACUGUUAAAAAGCCAGGCAAAAAGCCAGCAAGAGAAGAUUCUACGGCUGGUGAAUCUGCUACCUUGGCAUCGGAUGACACGGGGUUGAUACCAUCACCGAGUAAAAGGGGCAAGCGAAAGAAGAAGAGGAAACCCCCUUCAGAGGAUUUUGAUAAUAUUGAGAGGGAAACUCACUUAGGUUCGUCAGCCCCACCUCAGCCAUCCAGAGAAUAUAAGCCAAUGUCUUUGGAGGAUGAAACAGAAUACCAGAGGAAGGUAGCAGAAGAGAGAAGGAAAAAUAAGAAAAGAUUGAGAGAGAAAAGAAGGAGAGAGGGACAGAAAAAGGAAGACACUGAAAACAUGAUGAAGGAGUACCUUGCUGUUCAAGAGGAGUUAGACAAUGUGUUAGAUGCCCCUCUUCCAGAGGGGGAGGUGCCCGAGGUCUUCAGAACCUCAUCUAAAGGUUCCAAAAAGAGAAGAAGGAAAAAGGCAGAAGGGGAAAAGAACGAAGGCUUUGAAGCUGAGAAUCUCUCAGACGCCAAGAAGAGGAUGCACAAACUGUUGGAUGAUGCAUUUUCCCUAAUUUCUCCUCAACUUGAUGAAUCUUCUUCAGAAAAUUCUGAAGAUAAAUUAAGUUUGCUUGGUGAUAGAAGAGCUCUGUCACCCAAACAAAGUACUAUGUCUCAGAGCGAGGGCCCCUCCCCCUCUACUAGCCCCAGGAGUAAAUCCCCCGUGUCCCUAUUCAAAGAGAGGAAAAACCAAGAGGAGGAGAAGCCAGAAAAGAAACAUGAACCUAUGAUAGUAAAUCCCAGUUACCAUGGUUCCCGGAGGGAGGGUCUAACCACGUGGAGUCCGUACAGGGCAGCGGAUGAGGUGACUUUAAUCUCCAUGCCAAAAACUGUGGUUCCUGAGGAUGAGGUGGAGAGAAAGGGUCAUCACUCAAAGCGACCCGCUGUAAAUCUCCCAGAACCUGUGCCAAAUACCUCCUACACUACAGAGCCCCCCAAACCAAUCAUUCUAAGGAGUCUGAGCAAAGACAAACCCUCUUCAAAACACUCAACAGACCCCAAACCUUAUCAGCAUAAUGGUUUUGGUUCUACUGAAGAAUCAGCCACAGACAGACUGAAAUCCAGUUAUGUUAGUCAAAGUGGGUCAGGAAGGGUCAAGUCUGCCAAUGGUGACCUGACCCGAAAACCACCAAUCCAACAUCAAAAACCCUUUAAACGCACCCCAGAAGGGGAAGAUAUGACUGAUGUUGUAUCAAAAGAAAUUCAUCCUGGGGAGACCCCAGAAAAUACAAUAACAGCUGUGAGGAAUGAACUCCAGAAUAUUGUUCACCCCACUGUUGUGACAGUGAAAUCAGGGGGGUGGACCAGAAACUCCUCAGGGGGGAUGGCGGAUAUAGCAUAGCUAGGUGAUUUCAUCACUGAGUUCCAUGAGAGUUUGCCUAGUAUUCAGUAUAGAAAGAAAAAUGGAUGGUUAUUUUUUGUCCCACAAUUACCUGUCAAAGGGACAUAACUGUGAUUUGUUACUAAACUGGAGGCACAUUUAGAUUUUUAUACUACAUGUAGUGAUAAGUAAUUGAAUGUAAAAGGAUUUCCUCUACAUUUGGUUGAGAUAUAUUUAAUAUUUUUUUUAAAAGGAGUGCUCUUGAAAUAUUUUAGAUACUAAGAAGAGCUGCUGGUGAUUUAAAUGAUAGGGCUAUAAAUAUUUUGCAAGUUCUGGUUGAAAAUCAUGCAUUUAUAUUUUUACAAUAAUUUGCAUAGUUGAGUGAUGUAUAAGAACUCAUUGUUAGAUCUGUUGAAAGGAUCUCUUAUAUAUAUUGAUAAUUAUAAUAAAACUGCAUUUAUUUAGUUUAUUUUGAUUGGUUAUGGUAGGUUUAUAAAUUUUAUUUGGUUGUAGUUUAAUCAAAGUUAUACUUGUAGACUGAUAUUAAUGUUUAUUUUUAAUUAUUUAAUUAAUUCUAUGUGUUCCCAUACAAAACAAUGAGCAAUUCUCUGGAAUUAUUUUUUUAUAUGACAAAAAGCAUGUCACAAGUUGUGGUUUGUUUAGGCUUAUAAGCCUACAAGUACUUCUACAAGCACCUCUUUUUCAAAUGCUUUGAUAUUUUUUUUCUGCAAGUAUACUGAAAGGUUGGAUACACAUUCCUGUUUUGAAAUUUGAUUGGUCUCUUCAUUAUGUUUUGAGAAAUAUCCCUAUUUUAUAGCAUUAUGUUUUGCAAGUGUUUUAUUGUUUAAAGCAUUCCACAAUUUCUUGUUUUGUAUACAUACUUUUUAGGAAAGAAAAAAUUAUUUCCCAUGAUAACAGUCUUCAUCAGAAAAAACUCCAGAGUUGAAAAGUUUAAUAUAUAUUCAUUGUCACCUGCAUUGUUGUUAAGUGGGAGCUGUUAGCGUUGGAGCCCAGUCAGUCUCGCUUCUCUUACCCCCGGAGGUACCAUGGGUUUCAGAAGAUGAAGCAGUUAUUAACAGACAUAUUCUUUAUAUUCUUGGAGAAUUGAAAUCAUUAAUUUUUUAUCAGACAUUCCCUAUAUAUUCUUAUAAAAGGCAGUAUCGACAUUCCUCUUCCAAAUGUUAUCCUUGUUCCCGGUAAUAGGGUUGUGACUUAGUGCUGAGCUUAUGUGAUAUUUAUAAUGUUUUUUUUUUCAUUGCACUUGAACAAAUGUUUUCUACUUAAUAAAUGAUCUGUUAUUUAUGAUCUUAAUAAAUUAUUGACCAUUGUGCACUAGA